UUCUCUCUUUUAUUCCCCCACAAAUUUUUAUAUUCUCUUUGAAAAUAAAGACAUCAAACUCUUUCCUUUAUCGAUCUCAUCUCUUCUUUGCUUCAUCAAGAUCCCAGACGAGAUGGCUCAGAAGGUGGUGUUGAAGGUUUUAACCAUGACGGAUGAUAAGACGAAGCAGAAAGCCAUAGAAGCUGCAGCUGAUAUCUUCGGAGUUGAUUCAAUAGCAGCGGAUAUGAAGGAGCAAAAAUUGACUGUCAUUGGUAUGAUGGAUGCGGUUGCAGUGGUAAAGAAACUGAAGAAAGUCGGUAAAGUAGAUUUGAUAUCGGUGGGACCGGCGAAAGAGGAGAAGAAAGAAGAGAAGAAGGAAGAGAAGAAAGAGGAAAAGAAAGAGGAGAAGAAGCCAGAAGAGAAGAAGCAAGAAGAACCUAAGAAAUAAAGCAACUCAGCUGAUAUUAUAAACCCUACUAUACAUUUUGUCAUCUUAGUUUCAUAAUCAAACCGUCCAAUCAUUGAAUAAUUGAAUAUGUAUAAUUGUAAUUGUUAAACUGAGAAUAUAAGCUAUCCCAAGACGUGCUGGUGAGCAACAUAUGCUGGUAGAGUGUUGGGUGCAAAUUGCUUUUGUUGUUUGGGCGGCCUGAAAUUUUGUAAACCUUGCCUUAGCAUCCCAUAGACUAGGCGGUCGGUUUAGGUCGAGCCCAGGGCCGGCUCAAUUUUAAAUUGAGUCCUGAGCCAAAAUAUUUUUGAUGGAGUUUUAUGUAUAAUAUGAAAAUUUAUGACAUAUUCUACAAAUUUUCAAAACUUCGGGGCUC